AUGCUUUUCAAUGCAUGGAUUCUGUUCGUGGCCGAAGUCGACAGCAUCGGACAAUGCGACAUCAAAGAAGACUACGUUGGAUUGUAUCAGUUUAUGACGAUUCUCGAGACUUUUGUUUGUAUGGCAAUGCCAAGUAUUAUUAUAAUUGUUUCCAAUGUAUUGGUGGUGCUGAAAUUGAAUCAGCAUUUGAGGUUUGGAUUUUUUGGGAGGGAAAUUGGCUUGGGAACUUUAUUUUUUUUUAAAGCUCCGAUUUUUCCCGAAAAAUUUAGGUUAAAAUUAGCGAUUGCCACGCGGAUUUUCAACAUGUUGAAAAUAAAAGCAAUUUUUGUUCGUAGAAUUUUUUACCCCCGAAAAAUUAGGUUUCAAAAAAUUGAUAAUUUUUUUUCGAAAUUUUUGAAAAAUGUUAAAUUUUUGACAAUUUUGUAAAUAAUCAUCGGUAAUUAUUGUCUUAAAAUGAGCAAUUGCCACGUGGAUUUUUGAAUUUUUUUUCAAAAAUCUGAAGGUCCACUUUCAUUUCUCGAAAAAUAAUGUUCCUCAUAAAAAAGCAGGAAUUUUUAGGUUUCAAAAAAUUUAUAUAUUUUUUGUCGAAAUUUUUGAAAAUGUUAUCAAUCUUUUCAACUCGGUGUAAGACAAAUGAAAAGAAAAAUGGCUCGUAUAAAGCAAUGUUGAAAAAUAUUCCAGACGAAAUCCCGGCUCACCAGUUGUCUCCUUCAACACGGCCGACGUUGUCCUAACCACCCAAACCACAGUUCCCGUCUCACAUUCUCUUUCAAAAUCGUAUACCCGGGUCUCGACACGAAAUUCAAUCGAUAUCGACAAACCGACAACAGCGAGCGCUUCAACAAAUAUGAUCAAGAAAAAAGGAAUUCGAUACACGGAUAUACAAUUGACGAGAAGUCUUUUGAUUGUGACGUCGGCUUUUAUUUUGUUGAAUUUGCCCAAUUAUGUUUAUCGCAUUUCGAAUGUGCUUUUGGGAGUUUCGGAUCAGGUGAGUUAGGUUUUGAAUUUGGGAACAAAAUACUAAAAAAAAUUACGUUACCCGAUUUGUUACGUUUCAAAAAAUUAAGAAAUAAUUUCGGAACACUGAAAAAAUGUUCUGAUCUCGACCACUUUCAAAAAAAAAAUUAAAAUUCUAGAUAAAAAAUCCCGAUUUAUUUACGUUGUGAAAAAGUUAUAAAUUAUUUUGAAACACUGAAAAAUUUUCUGAAUUUUGAAAAUCUGAAAAUGCAUUAUAAUUUAGAAAAUUUGAUUUUUUUAAGAAAAGAAACCGCUCAAAACUCUAGACAAAAAAUCCCGAAUUUUUUACGUUUCAAAAAAUUGCUAAAUUAUUUUGAAACACUGAACAAAUGUUGGAUCCUUAAGACAAUAACUCAGAAUUAUGUAUACAUUGAAAAUUUAUUUUCUGAUGGAAAAUAUGAAUUUUGAAAAUUUCAACUUUUGAUAAUCUGAAAAUUCAUUAUUAUCUAGAAAAUUUGAAUUUUUUUGAAAACCGCUCAAAAUUCUAGAACAAAAAAUCCCGAAUUUUUUACGUUUUGAAAAAAAAAAUUAUAAGUUAUUUUGAAACACUGAAAAAAUGUUUGAGAAUGUCAACAAAUGAGUUAUGAUGUGGCAAAGUUUGAAAAUUUCUGAAAAUCUGUAUUUUAGGAGCUGAAAAUUAGCUUCAGGAGGGAUUUUUUUUAUAUGUGAUCAAUUUUGAACAUUUUUUUCCAUUUGCAGAUUUCAAACUUUUCUGAAACAGUUUUCAGAUUUUUGAAUGUACCUUUUGAACCCUAAAAUCAUUUUGAAACUGGUUUUCAGCUCCCAAAAUCUCGAUUUUUUUUAAAUUUGCCACGUCAUAACUCAAAAGUUCUUAAAAGUAGGCCUAAUUUUCAUCCAAAAAUCCCCGUUUUCCAGCGUCCCCUCAUGCAACAAAUCUCCCUUCUCGCUCACGUCUUCCUCUACACCCACCACGCUUUUCUCUUCUAUCUCUACAUUUUCUAUUCGCCACAAAUGAAGCGAAGACUAAAGCCGACGGCCAUGAAAUUGUUGGAAUGCUACUGUUUCAAACCACCCGGUGAUUUUAUGGAUCAUACUUGAAACCCAAUUAUUUUUCUCCACCCCAUUUUGAGCUGUGAUUUUUUCCCUUUCCCCCAACACAAAUUGAACUUUUACGGCUACAAAAACCCAUAAUUAUUUUAUUUUUUUUAUUGCAUGAAAAAAAUUUGUUUUACACAAGUUAUUAUAAAUAAUUGCUAUGACGUCACAGAGGUUGAGUGCGAAAAUGUUGGAAAUUUGUUAUUUUUGACGAGUUUGAGGGGUUUUUUAACCUAAGCAAUUUAUUUGCAGAAUUUAGCUACAAAAUCAGCUAGAAAAAAUUUUUCAAUGAGUUUUUUUCAGAUGUCAUUUAGACCUUCAGGAAGAUCUGAGAAUCAAGCUGGAAAUCCUGAAUCCAUAUUUCCAAGCUCGGAAAGUCUGAACAAUCCAGAGCCUAUCCAGGUGAAGCUAGAUGUUCAGAUCUUCAAUUUAAAUCAUAAUUAGAUUCGGGAAGUUCAGAAGCUUCCGAAGGUUAUACUGGAAGAUCUGAUUUUGAGGAUCAAGCUGGAAAUCCUGAUUAA